AAAAAAUAUUCAUUUAGUAUUAUCUCAGCUUAUAGGAUUGUUUAAAAAAUUCCAAAAAUUUAAAAGUUUGAAAAAUGUUAACAAAAAUAGUUAUUUGUGAUUGGAGAAAUAAAACAGUUCGACAUGAUUGGUGAAAAAAAUAACUAAAUUUAACAGGUUUAACAAUAGGAGUCUAAUGAGCAUGAGUUUAGCGUGUUGUUUGAUUUUGGCAAUAACUCUUUAUUCAAAUCCAGUAAAAGCCAAUGAUGGUGUGUCAACUUGGCAUCAGCAAAGCAUUUAUAAAUAUGGUGGAAAAGUAAAUACAAGAGCUCAACAGUUACUAAAUGUAAAUAUAGGUCAAAGUUUGAAGUCUAUAGACAAUGUUUCGUCGCCAGACUAUACAUUUUUCAAUAAGAAAACAAAUAAUAAAAAACAGCAUGAACUUGUGAAAACAACAAAACUUGCACAAAGGAACCAAGGACUGUUAGUUGACACUGGUAAGCUUCGUUUAAAAAAGAAAAAAAAGGCAAAAUACGAAAAAGUUGAAUCAGUGGAUCGAGCUAAAAAACAAACUCAAUGCUACAAAUCAUUUUCAUGGUGUCAACAUCAUUCAAAAAAAAUACUUCGAAAAAUCGAAUGCGAAAAAGAACUUAAGCAAUGUAUAUUAACGGCUUGUAAAAAAGCAAACAAGUGCAACCCUUCGUUUGAUGAAUGCUAUCAAAGAAACACUGACAAUGUUAAAGGAAAAUAUAGAUGCUACACAAAAUGGAAACGUUGCGCAGAACGUUAUUGUUCAAUUAAGUUGUAAUUUUGCAUUCGUCGUUUUUUUUUUUAGAUUUUUAGAUUUA